GAUAAACCUGCCCAUGAACUCCACCCCUUCCAGACCAGCAUUCACGCUCCACUGAUUGCAUCAAUCUUCAGCUUCCUUCACCUGCAUCGUACGGUCGCCUUUAUUCUUUGUUCUUUGUUCCGAUGUCGAGCCUCGAACUGCAGUAGGCUUUAAUCUACUAAUACCUCCCUUCGAGCCCUCGGUCGAGCGCUGUCGCAUUCGCAGAUCAUGUGCCAUAUAGUACCUCUCUGUUUCGCCCCUCAUUGUUCGUAGGGCGAACCAGCCCACUCGCUAUGGCUCCUUAUAUAGGCUCAUCUCACCGUCGGCCGUUCCAGCAGUCUCGUCCUGUUCGCUCCAGCCGCACGCAAGUUCAAUCGUACCACGAAGAAAGCAGCUCAGAAGAUCGACUUGAUGAAGACCCCGAUUCCGACGAGGAACAAUCUAGACGUCUCUCUCUUUCCUUGCGCCCACGCGACCUGAAUCGCAUGCCCGUAUCAUAUCGCGAAGAAUCCACGGACGACAAUUUUGAAGGGGGUGCAAGCGAUGAGGAACCGGAGACCUCAGUGCCCGUUGAAGCCUCGACUCGAACGUAUCCGCGUACCGAACCAACGAGUCACCGCAAUUUAAAUAGGCCCCGACGUAAACGGACUGUGGAAACGAGAUCUCAAACUCAGCGGUCGAAGAGAGCCUCCAAUAAAAAGCGCUUGGAAUUGGGUAGGCCUCUCAAUAAACGAAGGAAAGUGGAGGAGGAUAUUAGCCCGCCCGUGAGCUCGGGUGUCAUCCCCCCUUGGCAGAACCUUCCUUACCACAUACUGUUCGAUAUAUUCUAUAGCGCUGCAUAUCCCCUAGUGGAUGAGAAAACUGCAACCAGAAAUAGCUCAGUACAAUGGCUUGUGAAUGUCUCUCUGCUUUGUCGCACUUUCCACGAGCCUGCGAUGGCUGCUCUAUACUACUGUCCCCCUCUGAUACCACCCGCCAAAGCGCACGGCCUGCUCAACUUGUUAUCCAAACCGCAGGAGUCUCUUUCGACGAACUACGUUAACAAGAUUAGAGAGUUACACAUCGAUGCAGAAAUCCUUCUAUCAUACAAAAGUGGCCCGACUUUGGGAUAUUUUGAACUGCCAAUGUUGAUAGAGAGAGCACCUCAGCUGAAAACGUUACGGCUCUAUCAUAGUGACGACUAUAUUGUCGGUCUCCCUCUCUGGCAGAGGACGAAAUGGGCUUAUCCUGAAAGUCUUUUUACGUCGCUCAUAUCAAGCUCGAUCCGCCUGCGCAGCUGGGAUUGGAACAGCCGCUUCAUGGAAACAAAGGCGCUACUUCCGUACAUGAUGGAAAAACACCUUCAAGCUUCAUUCAGUGGCUUACGGGAGCUCAGGUUGCUGCAUAUUGCCUCAGAAGAUUCUGACGUGGACGACCCUGCUGAUGUGUCAAACGAGAGGGAAGUUGUUCUUGCGACAGCGCUAAAAGAACUCCCAGAACUACUUCGCUUAGAAUUUCUAGAGUGCUCGAUUGUGAAUGAGCAUCUUUUGCCCAACCUACCUCCAAACUUGACGUCGCUCACGAUAAACAACUGCGAUGAAGUAACUACAGCAAACCUGAGUGCAUUUCUUGCAUCCCAUGGCCAGCACCUUCGGGACUUGGCUCUAAGUCACAAUCGCCAUUUGAGCCUGUCUUUCAUAGUAGGCCUGGCGCAGUCUUGUCGAUGUCUUGAAAAGUUUAAGAUGGACAUCUCAAUACAUGACUUGUCUAGUUACCAUGACGUCGAACCUCAUUUCAGCGAGCUUCUUAAUAGCUCAGAGGUCCCAACAUGGCCAUCAACUCUGCGAGAAAUUGAGUUGAUACAGCUACGCAAGUGGGACGAUACGACAGCGGAUGUAUUCUUUACAUCUCUUCUUGACGCGGCUCAUGAAUUACGGAACUUGCGCCGCUUAGUGAUCAGCGCGAUUCUCAAGAUUGGGUGGCGCGAUCGUGCAUCUUUUCGAGAAAAAUGGAUUGGCAAGCUCGAGAAGGUCUUCUUAAGGCGCAGUGCACUUCCAGAUACCACACUUAGCACUAUUCCUCCUGCUUCUCGGCCGCCACUACCUGGUAGCUCGACUGCUAGCAUAGGCGAAGAUAAUACUACUUCUCAGCCAGAUCCUCACGGUAGUGGAUUUUCGACACCCUCGAAACGAAAAAGCGCCCGCCUUGCUCAACAGAAGCUUUCUGAGGUUGAGGAUGAUGCUGAUUUGAGCGCAUCCCACCGUGCAACGCCUGACAGUGACGAUAACAAAAAGCCGCUAGCUGUACAAGGUAUGUGUGACGUGGUCAUGGUUCGCAUCGACAAUCAACGUCCAAGUGAGACGCAAUUCAAUGAGGAAGAUUUUCUUGAUGACGAGGCCAGUGGUGAUGAAGAUUGGAACGGAUAUGAUAUGGAUGCGGGAGAUACCACCCACGCAUGGUAAAAGGCGACUCGGUCCUUUCCAUUUUUCCCCAUCUGUUUGUUUGUCUAUAUAUAUACUGCAUUGCGCGAGUUUGCUGUCAAGAAGUUGCCAUGGAGUGCUUUCCAUUGUCGGUUCCCUGCUCCUUGCUUUGUGCUUCUGUCGGUAUUGUUUUUCAUGCCCAGGCUUUCUUUACCAUGUGAUACACCCGGGGGUCUGUGAUGCUUUCAAGGAGUUCGGGUUAGAGUUACAGGUUGUUCUGAUACGGAUGGCGAUAUGGAGGUGUAUGGGCUGGCAGUUUUCAUUUAUUACCUUGCUGGCAGUGGCCUUUGUAGUGUAUUCAGGGCACUCAAGUGCCUUUAAUGAUUCUACUUGAUACAUGGCUCUUGCGGUAGAGACAUGAUU